CGGACCCACUGAGUACAAUACUUGGGUUUUGUUUUUAGUUUAGAAGCAGUUCUCAUGAGCGGCAUGAGGAUGUUGAUCAUAACGAUUGUAUUCGUUGGCCUGCUAGGAUUCUGCUUGGCUGAACAACCGUAUACAGUACAAAAUGAAGCGCUAGAACCAUUUAAAGGACUGAGCGAAACUUGCGUUGACAUGUCGAAUUUAAAAACUGUGGGCCGUCAGCGUUUUGUAAAUGGUUCGAUUUUAAUACUGCAGGAUUUGGAUAGUGAUAAUUACAAAUUCCAAGUCGAAUUGUUCUCAAGUCCACAAGGUGAUGGCCAAUACAAGCGACUACCAAUGGGUGUACCAAUGACCAGAGUUUGCGAUGGAUUUAAAGAUUUGUAUACGAAAAUCAUACAACCCUCUUUAAAGCAGGGUGAAAAUACGAACUUCCCUUUCAUUCCCGAUGAGGGUUUGUGCCCUCUACCAGCUGGUGAGUAUUAUAUAAAAACGGUAGAGUUCGAUACGGAUACAUGGCCCAAUCAGGUUCCACGUGGCGUUCUAAAAGCUGUGUUGACAUUUUUCAAGAAUGAUGUGAGUGUUGGCGGAACUGUGAUGAAGAUGAAAAUCGAAGAUAGACAAUAAUCAAAGAAUAAGUGAAAAUCAAAAUUAACUAAAAGAUUCGCAGCAGAGCAUAGUUGUAUUAAAAUCGUGGUGGAGGGGAAUAAACUAUUUUAUAAUUUUUAAAUCAAUGCUUAAAGAAAGAAAAAGUCAUAAACAUAUACAUAUAUUAACUUUCUUGUUUCAUACGAUAUGUUUUAUCAGUUAGUAAGGCACAACGAAGAAAAGCACCAAUUACCGAAAUAUUUUCAUGAAUUAAUAUACAUAUGUAAUUAUAAUAUUAUAUAAUACUGAUUUCUUAAAUAAAAAUAGACAGACAAAGCAA